AUGUUGAAAGCAGCUCUUAUCCUGGGAUGUCUUCUGAGUCUCACCCUUGCUUCUCCGUUGAAGGAGCGGCAGGAGCGGAGGCGUCUUGCUCGCUCUGACUCUGAUUCAUAUGAGAGACUGUCGAUUAAUCCGUUCCAGAAGACACCAGAGUCAAACGCUCCAACAGUAAUGAAGUCACGAAAUAACAACAACCUCCUGAACAACAACCUCCUGAACAACAACCUCCUGAACAACAACCUCUUGAACCAAAACAGCCUGAACAAUAACCAGCUGCUCCAGCUGCUGCUGCCGCUGCUCAUCUCUCAGCUCCAGUCCAACCCCACGGCGCUGGCAACACUCCUGACCCUUCUGAGCACUCGUGGAUGA